GGUUUGUGUUCCGGGGUGUCGCGGAAAUUACCCAAACGGCCCCAAAGUGCUCGUUUUUGGCUUUCCGAAAGCAGAUAACCUCAAACAACAAUAGUUGAAAGAGUUUCCGCGCAAAAAUUUUGAUCCCGCGAAUAGUUCUAAAGUGUGUGAACUUCAUUUCUCAACCCCUUCCGACCUCAUUUGGGUCACCUCAGCCCAAGAUUCCCGAACUAUUCUCAUCAAACUGAUAUAAAAACCGCCAUGCUCAAGUGCCAUACAUUGAUCGUGAUCUCCCUAUUCCUACUCCUAAUCCAAAGAUGCCGAUGCGAAGUUUACACUGCCAUGGUGGACUUGGAGGACUUGUUAGACACCGAGCACGUUCUCAUCGACACUGUUGAAAACUACAUUAAAGCUGAAGAGCAAAAAAUUGACCUCCUCAAAAGAUAUGUAGCGAUUUACCAAAGACAGCAGAAGAAAGCGAGAGAAGAUGCCCAGUCCUAUUUGUCCAAUCCAAUCAAUGCCUACACGUUAGUCAAAAGAUUAACAGCCGAUUGGACUCAAGUGGAGGCUCUGGUUAACACAAAUAUGAACGCAGAUACACUAGCAAACAUAUCAUAUGUUAAGCAAAACAUGAAAUUCCCUACUGACGAAGACCUGAACGGUGCAGCUGUGGCCUUAAUGAGACUCCAAGAUACAUAUCGACUGGACACAUCUUCUUUGGCUCGCGGAGAGCUAAAUGGUGUUAAAUACAGUGCAGAACUAAGUGCGGCUGACUGUUUCGAAUUGGGAAGACAAAGCUAUAAUAAUGGCGACUACUACCACACGCAGCUUUGGAUGGAAGAAGCUGGAGCCCGAUUUAAGCGCGAAGCGAACGAAACUGUGGACCAGAGUGAUAUUUUAGAGUAUUUGGCGUUUUCCAUUUACAAACAAGGAAAUGUGGCUUUAGCCCUGGAUCUGACCAACAAACUGCUGGAAUUGACGCCAACCCAUUCACGGGCGCUGGGCAAUAAAGUUUACUAUCAGGACCAGUUGAAGGGGCAGGAGAAUGAAACGGUGAAAAGAAAGGGCGAUGACGAAUCGGAAAACAUCCCAAUAAACGGGGUAAAAUUCUACAAACCCAACUAUGAUGAUCCCUUUGGAAAAGAUCUCUACGAAGCGCUUUGUAGAGGAGAAGUUUCCACUCCCGUCGAGGUUCAAGCCAAGCUAAAGUGCCGCUACUUAUCGAGGGAUAAUCCUUUUUUGAAAUUGGCGCCUUUCAAAGUGGAGGAAGCCCAUUUGGAGCCUGAUUUGUUCAUUUUCCACGACGUGAUGUCCGAUAAGGAAAUCGAAACUAUUAAGCGACUUGCUCAACCUAGGUUUAGAAGAGCGACUGUUCAAAAUUCGCAAACAGGCGCGUUGGAAACCGCGCAAUACAGAAUCAGCAAAUCCGCCUGGCUGAAGAACGAAGAGCACAAACAUAUCGCGGAUGUGGCCCGAAGAGUGGAAGACAUGACCGGACUUUCCAUGGAAACGGCCGAAGAACUGCAAGUGGUCAACUAUGGAAUUGGAGGGCAUUAUGAGCCGCACUUUGACUUUGCCCGAAAAGAGGAAACCAACGCUUUCCAAAACUUGGGCACUGGAAACCGAAUAGCCACAGUGUUGUUUUACAUGAGUGACGUGGUGCAAGGCGGAGCGACAGUUUUCCCAAUGGCCAGAACGGCCCUCUGGCCGAAGAAAGGGACAGCAGCCUUUUGGUUCAAUUUGUUUCCCAGUGGAGAUGGAGAUAAACGCACUAGACACGCCGCAUGCCCAGUUUUGGCAGGCUCAAAAUGGGUGUCGAAUAAAUGGAUUCAUGAGCGCGAGCAAGAGUUCCGCAGGCCGUGCACGACUGAGCGCCCGCCUGAACAUCUAACAGCCUAAAAAUCACAGAAGCAAUGGAAAAUUUAUUUAAAAAAUUCGUGAAAAUGGUUCUAAUUUGCGCUGCUGCUAAGUGAAUUUCAGGAAUAUUGGCCAGCAGAGGUCGAUAUCAGGGCCAGAACUACAAAAAAGUUACUCUCUAAAACAGUAAACCAGCGUGUAUUAAAUAGGCGAUUUUUGUUUAAUAACCAUAUAUUAAGUAUACAUGAAUCUCCAUAUUUUAUAGACAUAUUUUGUAUAUAAUGAAAUUAAAUUAAUAUAAUUUGA